GCUACCUUCUCUCCAAAGCAGACAGAUGGGAAUGCCUCAGAAUUUUUGACCAACUUCCUCUUUUCUCUCAACCUCUUUCCUUUUUUACAUACUAUAAAUAUUUUGAUCCAAAUAGUGCAAGCCUUGGCACUUAUUCGUCCUCUCUUUCAAGUUUCUGUCUCUACUCCCAAAUAGCACUAGCCAUCAAGAUGACUGAUGAAAAAAAACCAACUCCGAAAUUAAAUGAGAGGAUUCUUUCAUCUUUGUCAAGGAAAUCAGUUGCUGCACAUCCUUGGCAUGAUCUUGAAAUUGGACCAUCAGCUCCCCAAAUUUUCAAUGUUGUUGUUGAGAUAUCACAGGGAAGCAAAGUCAAAUAUGAACUUGACAAGAAAACAGGAUUAAUCAAGGUUGAUCGGAUUUUGUACUCGUCAGUGGUCUAUCCUCAUAACUAUGGUUUCAUCCCUCGCACCUUGUGUGAAGACAAUGAUCCACUGGAUGUCUUAGUUCUCAUGCAGGAACCUGUUAUUCCGGGUGCAUUUCUGCGUGCCAAAGCCAUUGGACUAAUGCCCAUGAUUGACCAGGGAGAGAAAGAUGAUAAGAUCAUUGCAGUAUGUGCUGAUGAUCCAGCCUAUAAUCAUUACAGUGAUAUCGGAGAGCUUCCUCCUCAUCGCCUCACUGAGAUUCGUCGCUUCUUUGAAGACUACAAGAAGAAUGAACACAAAGAGGUUGCAGUGGACGAGUUUUUGCCUUGCUCAACUGCCGCGGAAGCUAUUCAGUACUCGAUGCAAGUCUAUAUUACAGCACAACAAGCUCUUGACUCACCAGCAACUUAACUGAUUGCUAGAACACCAUAUUACACUCUUCUGAUCAACUUGUAUUUUCCGGUGCAGGGAUCUUUAUGCCGAGUACAUAAUGCUCACCUUAAGGCGGUAAACUUAUAUAUAGGCUACAAUACUCCACUCAUUACAAUAAGUCAUUUCAUUGAUGAUGAUUGCGGAAGAGUCCCCACAGAACUUCAAGUUUUGCUAGCUUAUUUGUAUUUCGGACUCUGGUUGAUGCUUGCUUGGUUGAUAAGUGAUGACAUGAUCAGUACUAGAAAAUGUUGGUAACA